AUGAGGGUCCUUGCCCUGCUUCUGCUCAUCUUCCUGGCCCUGCUGCCCCCAGCCAGCACCAUCAACCCCGGCCAGCCCUGCCUGUCAGAGAUGAACAAGGUCAAGGACCUCCUGGAGGUGAACUGCACAGGGCAGGCUCUCAGCGCAGUGCCCCCAGAUUUGCCCAUGGACACAGGCAUCCUGCUGCUUAGUGCCAACCACCUGGUGUCCCUCUCCACCGCUGUCUUCCUGCCUCUCACCCAGCUGCAGGACCUUGACCUGUCUGACAACGGGCUGGCAACUCUGAACACCGGGCCCCUCUUGCCAUCCCUGCGGGAGCUGAUCCUCUCCCACAACGCACUGGGGGCUCUGCCCACCCUGCAGGGUCUGCCCGCACUCACCCGCCUGGCCGUGGCCCACAACAGCCUGACAGCGCUGGCCCCGGGGGCUUUCCGUGAUGUGCCACAGCUUCAGGACCUGGACCUGCGAGGGAACCGGCUGCGGACGCUGCCCCAGGAGGCCUUUGCGGAGCUGAGGGCACUCAAGGACUUGGACCUCUCAGACAACAUCCUGGAGGAGCUCCCCAAGGAGCUGCUGCAGGAUCUGCAAAACCUGGAGACCCUCUGGCUCUCAGGGAACCGCCUGCAGACCCUGCCCACCAACUUCUUCCCUGAGGGCCACCUCUUCGCAUAUGUCUUCCUUACUGAGAACCCCUGGCACUGCAACUGUGACCUGUACUACCUGCGGUACUGGAUCUUGCAGAAUGAAGGCAGUGUCUAUCAGCCAGAGCGGGGCCUGGAGAAGACAAAGGUGGAGGUUGCCCCCGAGAAGGUGCUGUGCCACAGCCCCCCUGAGCAUCAGCAGAAGCCCAUUAUCCGCUUCAAGCCCAACUGCCGCAACGUGGGGGAUAUGGAUGAGGAGGAAGAGGAUGGAUAUGAUGAUGAGGAAGAAACGAUGGCGAAAGCUACCACAAUCACCUUCUUCACUCCCUAUCCAUCCAUCCCCAAAGAGCAAGCUACCAUUCCCCAUGCUGUUACCUGGCCUCCUCUUGCUACUACAAGACCUCCCCUCAGCACCCCUUAUAGCUCUGCCCUCACCCCAAGCACUUUGCCCACAAUGCCUGCAAGCACCAGAGCUCCCAGCACCACCACUCCUGUGCCACCCAGUCCCACCAUCACACCCACACAGACCCCCAGCACUGCCGCCGUUCUCAUUGCUGCUCCCGCCAGCACCCCGCACAGAUCCGCCACCCUUGUCUCCACCACCUCACUGCCAACCACUGUGAGCACCAGACCUCCCAGCACCAGCAGCCAUCCCCAAACCACCCUCACCACCAGCGCUACCAACACCUCUGCCACUCUCAUGGUGUCCACUGGCAUGUUUUCCACCACCUCCACAACAGUGCCUUCUACUGACGUGCUGGAGGCCUCUUCCAUUGUCAGAUCUUCGUCUCCUCCUCUGACAUCGACCAUGCUGAUGGUCUCCACCACCAUGCUUUCCACUCAUGCUCCAACGCCACCAGCUCCCCUGGACACCACACGCUUCACCGAGCCUGCAGCUUCCCCUCCACCUGCACCACUCCCCUUCUGCCCAUGCUCCCUCCCAGCGCUGGCUGUACCCGUACUGCGCUCACGGGCAGGUGGGGAGGGUCCGCAGUGGGGGCAGUGGGUGCUGAGGUAUUGCUGCCUAUUGCACUGGGUGCUCUACCUGGCCUCCUUGGUUUUGCUGGUCCUGAGUGUGCUGGCUCUAGCAGGCUGGCUGGUGUGGAUGUGUCUGAUGGGACAACCCUCCUGGCACAAGUCUCCACCAAUCCAAGAGGUGCAGUAUCCACUGCUGAGGUGGAGGGAGUUGACAGGAAGCCCUGAGAUGCAUCUCAGCAGCUUCAAAAGCGCCCCCCAGCGCCCCACAUUCUGUACCAUCAAGGAAGUAGAGUUGUGCCCUGAGGUCACCUACUGCACGAUUAAAGACCUGGGGAUACAGUGCAGUCCUCCUGCAAGUUCCUCCUUCUGUACCACAAAGGAGCUGUGGGUCCACCAUAGUUCUCUGAGUGCUUCGUGCAAGUCUUUCUCCAGAAAGCUGACAGUCACGGACCUCAAGUCCCUGAGGACCCCUUCUGCUUACAGCCUGGACAGGGGUGUCGAGGCCAUCAGUGGGGUCAGAGUGAAAUAUGCUGGCAACACCUUGUAA